AUGUACGAAGUUGAAUCUACUAUAACCUCUUUCAAAGCCUCAAUUGUGAUGAGUUCCUCUACCUCUAUUAUCAUAUCAUUGAUUAGCAAUGUCUUUACAAUUUUUCUCCUGUUCUUAAAUUUCAAGUUUAACUUAAAAUACCUAGUUUUGAGAUUUUCUAACAUAUUUAUUUAUUUUUCUUAAUGUGUUAAUAAAAAAACUCAUUUAUUUAUUAAAGGAUAAAUAGAUAGUCCUUCAACUCUAUAAUAGCUAUAGUAAUAGUACCAAACUUAUAUGAAAACUUCUGAAUAAGUUGUUAAGAUUUUUAUUUUUUUAAUAUCUGUUUUAAAAUAUUCUCAAAUUAUUAAGAAUAAAUGGAACACGAGGAAAUAAGUCUGAGAAAGAUUCACAAUGUUUCAUAAAAAGAAUUUCAAAUUUUUAAUAGGUAGUUUGAGGUUUUAUUUUGUAACCUUAUUAUCUCUAUGAAAUUUAUCUUUCCAAAUUUUCUAUGUUUCUCAAGAAAUUAUCGUAAAUAGCAAGACUGGAUAUUUAAUGCAAAAUAGUCAAAAGGAGAGGAAAAACGCAUCAAUGGCUGAAUGUGACAUUCAUUACCUUUUUUAAGAAAACAUUGUUAGGGUAAAGGGUGGCAUCCCACUUUUGAGCCUUUUCUACCAUAUUUAAAUACUCUCUCUCUCCUCUUUGUAUGUGCUUCAAAACAUUUUGAUUUUAAGUGUUUUUUCUAUCCAAUGAACUACUCUCUAUUCUCUCAUUCAAUCAAUUUAUAGCCUUUUUUCCUUAAAAAGUGUGAUCAGAACCUUAGAUUCAUCAUAUUUGAUAUUUUCUGCCAAGGAGGUCAUUAAAACGUCAUCAGAGCUUGAAGAAAGAGGUUAGUAAAGUCAUGAAGAUUUUUUAUUAUAGCAAAGGACAUGAACUACUUGCAUGAGGAUUUUUGGAAGAGAUUACUGAAUUGAUUGUGAAUAUGUUGAAUGGUUACCCUCUGAAAUUUUUAUAAUCUUAUGUCAUUUUAUAAUCGAGAGAAAUAUGAAUCUUGAAUUAUUAAGAUCAGGAUAUUCUUUAUUUUGCAUGAGUUAUGAGAAUUAGUUGAGAAUGGCCAUAAAGAAGGAAGAAUUCAAUACAACAUGGUAAGGAACUUUGUAAGGAAGAUGCUAAGGCCUUUUUUGUAUUGCAACAUGUCCUAUUAGAGGAGAGUUUUUCUAUGAGAUGAUAAAGGUAAAUUUUGAAAGUUAUAUUUUAUAAAGGUAAUAAGGUUACAAGAAUUAAAUUUCCAAGAAUUGUUCUAGUGAAAUCUAGUGAAUAUGUUCAAGAAUUGUUCUCUCAUGUUUCAUUUAUUUUAAAUGAUAUAAUAACAUUUGGGAAUAUAUUACUGAAAUGAAAAAUGUUAUAAAGGUAUUGAGAACCCCUCUAUUUAAGUUUUAUAAUGUUAUUAUAGCUAUUGAAAAGUAUAUGGACUUGGCUUUUUAAGAACACAUGAAGAAAAAAUGAUAGACUCAUAGAGCAUUUUUUUGCAUCAGAAUUUAGGAUAAAAUUAAAAAUUUUAAAAAAUAAAAAUAAAGAAGUCAAAUCUAAUGAAUGUCAUGAUAAUACAAAUAUUUGAAGAUGAGCUUUCCAUCUAAUUUUGUGGAUAAGGAAGAAGGUAUAAUAUAUCUAAUUUUGUAUGUUAAGGGUAUGAUAAUGGUAAUAUUCAACAUAAAAUAUGAAAUAAAAAAAAUACAUCUCUUAAGUAAGAAGUUCUAAUUGAAGGUAGGAAUAGUGUUAAAAUUGAAGGUAUUAAAACUAGAGUUGUCGUAAAAAGAUUACAUGUAAAUAAAUUGAUUAAUGAUGUAUAUUGUUUUCCAAAAUUAGCAUGCAAUCUACUCAAUAUGGGUCAAUUGAUGAAAUGAGAUUAUUGACGUGACUGACGUGACUUAGUCAUUGUAUAUUAAAUCACACAAAUAUAAAAUUUAUAAAACUAGAAAAUAUGAAUUUUUAGAUAUUUAGAAGUAUUUCUAAAUAAAUAUAUCAAUUAUAAUUCAAUAAAACUUUUAAAAAUAGAAAUAAUUUCUCAAGUCAAUCAUAGGGAUGUAAUAUAAUAUUUUAUAAUUAUUCAGAUUUUUUCUCAAUGAAUACAAUUUUCUAUGAAUUUUAUACUAGGAAAUGAAAAGGAAAUAUAUUUAAAAUUCACAAAAAAAAAGAAAAUAAGGGUGCGGACGUCAAGAUGACGUCAACGCUUGGCGAACGCAAAUCGGGUAGAAACAGAGUUCUACUUGGCGAUUCUUACAUAAGCGAUUACAGACGAUUUAAUUAAUCAAUAUAAGAUUUGUAAAAGCCGAAAGAAUCGUAAUUGAACAAAGUAUAGUUUGGUAAAUUAAAAUCACACAAAGUAUUACUAAAUGAAGCGUAAAUUAAAUUUAAAGCAGGAAAAAAGAGUUCCGGUGUCGCGACGGCGAUGCGUCGAUGAUGCACCGGAAUCUUGAGCGUUUGGGAGGAUCAUCGUGCAGUGUCCACGGCCUCAAAGGCUUUCCUUGGACAAAGACGACGUGGGCAAUCUCUAGAUCUUCUCGCGAAGUCUAGAGAUCAAUGAAGUGGGUCGUCGAAUUGUCUCCGGCGGCUGUCACUUGGCAGAGCAGAAAAAUGGUGACUUUGCAGCUCUCUGGUGGCUGUCACCCGAUGGAGAGGAGCUGGAUGAAGGUGGGGCGCGUGUUAGGGAGCUUCAUCCUCAAGUCUACGCAGCAAGAGGAGGCUCUUCAUCACAUCUGGUACGCUCUCAAGAGGUAGCGACUCAUCUCCCGGCGGAUCGUCCUCUUCCUGACGACGGCUUGUUCGUCGAUCAAUCGGAGAUGAUUUACUCGAUGGAUUUGUGAUCCUUUUAUCAUGAAUCGUUCAAUAAUUUUAGUAGCAAUGUUCUGCGAAGCACGUUGACGAGAUUUUCACUAAUGAUCCAGCGAUUCUCGUUGCUUAAUCCUUCACCGACGAUUUGUAGGAAAGUCGUGAUAAUUAGAUAAAAAUAUAUGAAUUUUGACUUUGGGAGGAUUUGAACCCAUGCCAGUCGCCCGCCUGUGAGGAAGGUGUGACACGGAUUUAGUCCCACAUCGGUUGUGCACCAACUUUUCGGGCGAAUAUAUAGUAAUGUUAGCUUUAUAAGCAAAGUCCCUUCUCUUGCGUGUACAACCACUCCUUGCCCCACAGCCGGCUGGCCACAGGUGACGUGGAAGGGCAGUGGCGUACACAUCCCUAUCAGUCCAAGCUCAAGCCGCUCGAACCCCUACUCGCGGCUACUCCCUAACUGUGCUUCCAACCCGCUUGCAGGCCCUGCUGGCCAGCGGGUCCCCCAUUUUGCAAUUUUUUCAUUUUUAUUUCUUGUUCUUCAAUAAGACUAUAAAAAUCAUAUAAAAUCACAUAAUUACCCAAAAAUUCACAUUAAUCAACUGAAAACCACAAAUCAUUUUUUUACACAAAUAUAAGUCUAUUUAUCAUGAGUUAAGGCUAAAACUAUAUUAUUUACUAAUUAUUAACUCAUGAUAAUGAAGACUUAUCAGUGACUUAGUCAUUGUAUAUUAAAUCACGUGAAUCUAAAAUUUAUAAAACUAGAAAAUAUGAUUUUUCAGAUAUUUUGAAGUAUUUUUAAACAAAUAUAUCAAUUAUAAUUUAAUAAAACUUUCAAAACUAGCAAUAAUUUUCCAAGUCAAUCACAGGGAUGUAAUAUCCUAUCUAGUAAUUAUUCAGAAUUUUCUACAAAGAAUACUAUUUUCUAUGAAUUUUACACUAAGAAAUGAAAAAGAAAAAUAUUUAAAAUUCACAAAAAAAGGAAAUAAGGGUGCGGACAUCAGGAUGACAUCAGCACCCAGCGAAUGCGAAUCAAGCCAAAAUAGAGUGCUGCCCGACGAUUCUUAUGUAAGUAAUUACAAAUGAUUUAAUUGAUCAAAUUAAAAUCUGUAAAAGCUAGAAGAAUUGUAAUGAAAUGAAAUAUAUCUUGGUAAAUUUAAAAUCAGAAAAUUAUCAAUAAAUGAAACGAAAAUUAAGUUAAAGUAGGAAAAUAAAGUUCCGGUGUCACGAUGGCGAUGUGUCGACGAUGCACCAGAAUCCUGAUGUAGUGUUCAUAGCCACAAAGGCUCUCUUUGGACAAAGACGACAUGGGCAAUCUCUAGAUCUCCUUGCAAAAUCUAGAGAUCAAUGAAAUGGGUCCUCAAAUCGUCUCCGAUGGAGUGGAAAAACGGCGACUUUGCGACUUUCCAAUAGUUGUCACCUGAUGGAGAGAAGUUGGAUGGAGGUGAGGCACGUGUCACAGAGCUUCAUCCUCAGGUCUACAUAGAAAGAGGUGGCUCUUCAUUGCAUCCAGUACGCUCUUAGGAGGUGGCGACUCAUCUCCUAGCGGGUCGUCCUCUUCCCAACGACGGCUUAUUCGUCGAUCAAUCGAAAAUGCUUGAUGGAUUUGCAAUCCUUUUAUUGUAAAUCAUUCAACAAUUUUAAUAACAAUGCUCCGCAAAUCACGUUGAUGAGAUUUUCACUGAUGAUCUAGCAAUUUUGGUUGCUUAAUCCUUCAGACGGCGAUCUGUAAGAAAGCCACGAUAAUGAGAUAAAAAAAUAUGAAUUUUGACUCUAGGAGGAUUUGAACCACGCCAAUUGCUGCCCUUUCUAGGGAAGGUGACGCACGUUUAGUCCCACAUCGAUUGUGCACCAAAGUUUGUGGUGAAUAUAUAGUAAUAUUACAUUUUCGAUCAAGUUCCUUUCUCACGUGUGUACGACUAGUCCUUGCCCCACAGUCGGCUGGCCACCGGUGACAUGGAAGGGGAGUGGCGCACACAUGCCCCCAUCAAUUCAAGCCGCUCAAGCCCAUGCUCACAGCUCCUGCCCAACUACACUUCCGACCCCCUUGCGCGCCUAGUUGACCAGUGGGUCCCCCCCAUUUUGCUAUUUUUAUUUUAAUUUCUUUUCCUUCAUUUAUCUCAAAAGUAAGUCUGUAAAAAUCAUAUAAAAUCAUAUAAAAUCACAUAAUUACCAAAAAUUCACGUUAAUCGAUUGAAAACUACUUUUCACACUAUAACACAAAUAUAAGUCUAUUUAUCAUGAGUUAAGGUUAAAACUAUAUUAUUUACUAAUUAUUAACUCAUGAUAAUGAAGACUUAUCAAUUAUAUUUUUUAUUUCAAAGAGGACAUAUCUGUUAUUAGGUGUAAGAAAAAUUAAACCUCUAUUAUGUUUAUUUUCAUAGCUAGGAAAUAAAUUUUUCCUCUUGAUAUUUCAAGACCUCUUGUAUUUGUAAUGAUUAUUAGAUAAAAAGAUCGUUCUUGACUUUAGCAUUGAAUUAUAGAAUUUUUGAAAGUAUUACAUUACAAAAAUAUGACUUUUAUUUUGUGACCUAUUAUAGUCAAUAAUGAUGCCUAUCAAGAAUGUGUUUACUAUUGGGUUUGAUAUGGCUAAGUGAAGUAUUAAAAGGGGGGGGGUGAACUAGUUUUCUACAUUUUCCUAUUUUAUUCUAUUACUUUCUCUGUAUGAACAUGUAUUGAUGCACAUAAUCUCUCAAAUCUAUAUAUGGAUUGACCUAAGUCACUUCUCUUUUCAUCACAAGAUUCACCUAAAUUGUACUAUGUAGAUGAGAAUGGCAGAAUCAUAAUAGUAAUUCCAAAAUUGUUAUGAUCAAAAAACUAUAAAAUUUUCUGUCUCUCUUCAUAAUCACAGUGGAUUCAUCUUAGGAGAAUAUUUUAAAGACACAAAAUUCAGUCAUUGCCUUGUAGCGGCUAGUUUUCUGGUCAAUUCAAUCAAAAUUCAAUUUUGUUUGAAAAUUUAAAAAUCUUCUAAAAGUGAUAAUAAAUCAAAUACAGGAAGUUUUGUGAGAACUCUUUCACCAUUGUGAUCUUUGUUUACGAAUUUUUAUUUUAAUAACAUAUUAUCCUCUAAAUAAUCACCAAGAUAAAGGUGCCAUUUAUAAAUUUCAAAACAUCUCAACUUAAAUCAUACGGGUACCAUAGUCAAUAUGAUGUAAGCCUUCAAAACCUAUCAAAACCUUUCAAAACCUUUUACCAUGCAUGCGUAAAGGUACCUUUUAGUAGAUCCUUCUCCUUUACGACUACACCAAGUGACCCAAUUUUACCUAGAAUAGGUUUAUUGUGUCUGACUAAAGCUAGGGGAAACCAAGGGUUCUCUAGGAGUGCCGCACAUUGCUGCCAAACUAAAAAGGAAUGGCAAAAGUUGUUGGACUCUUUCUAUACUUGUAACUGUUUAAUGUGAGGGAAGUAAUUUUUCUCUUCUAUACUUACUUACUCGACUGCAACUAUUUUAUGUGGCAAAACUUUACCCCAUUCCACCAUCUUGUACGUGCAACUUGGUGAUGUCGAUCUCGCAUGCAGAUCUCAGAAUGAAUCCUUUCAAGUACUUCUGUGUAGACGGCAUAGAACAUCCCCCUUUAUGGAUAUUUAAUAUUUUGUGAAGAUUAUGAUUAGAGAGCAUCACUAGGUGAAAUGCAUACUACUAUUUCAAAGAUUGAGGAAACCCUUCUCUGCGAUAGAGACACUGGACUUGUUCUAACCUAGCACCAAACAAAGUGUAAUGAAAAAUAUCCAUGGUCAAAAUCAUGUAAACGGCUCAUCGAGGUAAGUAUCCAUGAAUCUGGGAAUUCCCAGAGUGGUGGAAUGAAAAAUAAUAUAGCGACAAAAAGUAGGGCUCCAAAAUGGCAAUCACAAAAUUUUCUUCAUUGAAAUAGGAAAGCUUAUAAGAAUGUGAGAACCAUGGGGAGGGUUCAGGAUUUUAGCCUAGCACUUUUCAUUGAGAAUAGUUUUGUGGAGAAGUUAAGGUAGGGAACUCAGGAUCUAUGAAACCAAACAGCCAAGUGAAUGAUGGGGAAAUUAUUCUUGAGCACUUGCUGGCUUAUUGAAAAUUUAAACCACAAGCUGCUGUAUCACUUUGAGGCCAGUCAGUGUUUACCAUCUUCUUCUUUGCUGAACUUUUCAUUCUGGUCUGGGUACAUCAAGGAGUUCACUUCAUCUUAUUCUUUCAAUUAAUCUUUGAUGAUCCACCCAUUGUCAAACAGGCUACCAUAAACCUAAAUCAAGAUAAAGUGCAGUUAUUUUCAUUAUUCCCCGCCCUAUUCACCACCCCGAACAAAAGAACUGCUGCUAAGAGCAAUCAAAUAGGCAAGUCACCAUCCUGUUUGUCUUGCCUUCAAGAGUACUUCGAUAUACAAUCAAUAGGCACCAUUAGAAAGAAAGGAGAACAAUACAUCUUUGUACCAAUCCAAGGAGAAGUAAGGAAAAAAUAAAUUACGGCAGAGCUAUCAUGACAAAAGGUACUUUUCCUAUUUUCUAGAUAGGGUUUUUCAUCAUACAAAAAGAUAGAUGCCUCGUCGUACUAUCCCACCAUAUUUGAUGUUGAGGUCUAAACUCUCACUUACAGAGCUUAUUGUAGUAUCCAAAAUUUAAUUUCAAAUAAUAAGUUGUGAGGAAUCCAGAAUCUGUAAAUUCAGGAAUCUAUAUGAGACGAGUUAUGGUAGAAGGGUGGAGAAUGGAUGUGAGAAUGGUGACGUGACUCAGUCGUUGUAUAUUAAAUCACGCAAAUAUAAAAUUUAUAAAACUAGAAAAUACGAAUUUUCGGAUAUUUAGAAGUAUUUCAAAAUAAAUAUAUCAAUUAUAAUUCAAUACAAAUCCCAAAAAUAGUGAUAUUUUUCCAGGUCGAUCACAGGGAUGUAAUAUAAUAUCUGGUAAUUAUUCAGAAUUUUUCUCAAUGAGUACGAUUUUCUUACGAAUUUUAUACUAGGAAAUAAAAAGGAAAUAUAUUUAAAAUUCACAAAAAAAAAGAGGAAAUAAGGGUGCGGACGUUAAGAUGACGUCAGCGCCCGGAGAACGCGAAUCAGGCGGAAACAGAGUUCCGCCCGGCGAUUCUUACGUAGGCGAUUACAGACGACUCAAUUAAUCCAAUUAAGAUCUGUAAAAGCCGGAAGAAUCGUAGUUGAACGACGUAUAAUUUGGUAAAUAAAAAUCAACAAAGUAUCACUAAAUGAAGCGUAAAUUAAAUUGAAAGCAGGAAAACAGAGUUCUGGUGUCGCGACGGCGAUGCGUCGGCGAUGCACCGGAAUCCUGAGCAUUCGGGAGGAUCGUCGUGCAGUGUCCACGGCCUCGAAGGCUCUCCUUGGACAAAGACGACGUGGGCAAUCUCUAGAUAAAGCAGGAAAACAGAGUUCCGGCGUCGCGACGGCGACGCGUCGGCGAUGCACCGGAAUCCUGAGCGUUCGGGAGGGUCGUCGUGCAGUGUCCACGGCCUCGAAGGCUCUCCUUGGACAAAGACAACGUGGGCAAUCUCUAG